GAGUAACAUCCAGGAGGUCAUGUUCGUAAUUAAGAAACGCACUCCUACCUCUCAAAAUAGGCAUUAGCGAAUCGCGGUCUCUCUCGUCUCUUCCCAAAACCCCAAACCCUAGCAUCGUAAUACUUACCAUCUCUUCCAUCUUUCUUGAGCUUCAAUGGCAGACUCUUUGGUUUCACUUGACAAGGUCAAAGGCUUCUUGUACGCCCAGUACAACGACGAGGAGAAGUGGGCCCUUAACAUGAAAUUACUCCGGGCUGUCGGUCUUUUUGCUGGGUCAAUAGUUCUGAUGCGAAAUUAUGGUGAUCUUAUGGCAAUAUGAGGAUAUUGAUGUCUAUUCUUAGUUGGUUUUUUAUCAGCCAAUCUCACACUGUCUCUAAGUUUGGAACUCCAAAACCACCUCAAGGCUUUUCAUUCCUUUAUUACUUUUAAUCAUCAAGACAUUUGUCCUUGUUUUCGUAGGAGUUCGUUAUAAUUUUAAAGGUACAGUAAGCUUAUCACAGAGAGAAAUGCUUAUAAUUGUCUGGUAAUCAAUCUAUUCCAUCAAACAAUGUUUUGUAUGCCAUUGUAUAGUGUGAUUAAGAUGGUUUUACAUGUUUUUACUGAAGCAGAUUUUUAGUUUGAGGGCUUUGUAUGACUUGAUACUAGGCUAAAAAUUCAUAUGUUUUCUAAAGCAUUAGCUUUUGCAUUGGAAUCUCUUAAAACUAUACAUCACUCUGUAUGGUUGGGGGAAAAUGAAUGGAAUGCAACAAAUAAGAUUAUAUUUUCAUUCCAUCUCUUUAGUAUUUAGCACAUAGGAAUGUAAUGACUUUUUUGAAGAGCAUUCUAUUGCAUAAUAAUUAUUACUUAUAUUAUUUUA